CCUUUACAUGCAAAAACGCUUCCUCCCCAUCCCCUUCUUCGCCCUUCUUUUCACUGCCCUCUACUUGUACGCCACCACCAUGUCCGUCCACCCCACCACCCUCAAGCCCUAUGCCGAGCGCAUCGACCUCCACACCAACCCCACCGCCCGCAGGAUCCUCGAGAUCAUGGACAGGAAGAAGACCAACUUGGCUGUCAGUGUGGACGUUACCAAGGCUGAGGACGCUUUGGAGGUCGUCAGGAGGGUCGGCAAGAGUGUCUGUAUGGUCAAGACGCACUGCGAUAUCAUCGAGGACUUUUCAGAAGACUUUGUGAAGAAGCUCACUGCUCUCUCUGAAGAGCUCGAGUUUGUCAUCUUUGAGGACCGCAAGUUUGCCGACAUCGGCAACACCGUCUCCCUCCAAUACUCUUCCGGCGUCCACAAAAUCGCCUCUUGGUCCCACCUUACCAACGCCCACGCCGUCCCCGGUCCCGGCAUCAUCACCGGCCUCGCCGCCGUCGGCCAGCCCCUCGGCCGCGGUCUCUUGCUCCUCGCAGAGAUGUCAUCCAAGGGCUCUCUCGCUGUCGGCGACUACACCAAGCAGACUAUGAAGAUGGCGAGCGAUGCCGGGCGGGACUUUGUCGUCGGCUUUAUCGCCCAGGGUAGGGUGGAUGAAGGUCAGGAGGGCGAUUGGUUGAUCAUGUCUCCUGGUGUCGGGCUUGCGGCCAAGGGAGACAAGCUUGGGCAGCAGUACCGAACGCCUCGAGAGGUCGUGCUGGAGGCUGGUGCGGAUGUCAUCAUUGUUGGCCGAGGGAUCUAUGGUAUUCAGGGUGGGGAGCAGGCUGUGAGGGAUGAGGCGGAGCGAUACAGGACUGAGGGCUGGAAGGCUUAUGAGGAGAGGUUGGCUCGAAAGUAGACACUGACUCGCAAGUAUUGUAUAGAAGAUAGGGGAUAGAAAAGUUGAAAGGAACAGGAGUGAUCCACAAUACUGGAUGCAUCUAGACAAUCACCUGUUGACGAUCAAAGCUUGCGUGAGGCCGAGAGCGUCUAGUUGAGGACGGGAGAAACGAUACAUGGGUUC